UAGGGGAGGGGGGCCUUCCCUCAGCUAGCCAAUCGUGUGCCGCUCUUGUACUGUUUUCUGAACUGAGUUAUUUAAGACUGAUAGCUAGGGAAAGCCCUGUAGUAUCUGGCUAACAAUACUGUAAGGCAUACAAGAAGCACACUACAAAAAUGGACAACGUAUUCCACAUGCGGUCGGCAGGCGCCGCUGCCGAAGGAGUCCGGGACCAGUAUGCCGACGGCAGGGCAGCACGCGUCUGGGAGGCAUUCAUUGGAGACAAGAACUCCCGCACGCAGAAUUACCGCAACUUCCUGGUCGGGCUCUUGAGGAAGAAUGGCUGCCAAAGAAUUCUGGAUGUUGCCUGUGGCACCGGGAUUGAUUCAAUAAUGCUGCUAGAAGAAGGAUUUGAGGUCACUUCAGUAGACGCGUCGGACAAGAUGCUCAAGUACGCACUUCGGGCUCGCUGGAAUCGCAGAAAGGAGCCAGCUUUCGACAAGUGGGUAAUCGAGGAAGCCAAUUGGCUGACCCUCGCCGAUGAUAUAGCUGACCUUGUCGGAGAUGGCUUCGAUGCAGUGAUCUGCCUCGGAAAUUCAUUUGCGCAUCUGCCUGAUGUCACAGGAGACCAGAGAGACCAAAAGAAGGCUCUGGAAAAUUUCAAGAAAUGUGUAAAACGUGGAGGAUUGCUUCUCAUUGAUCAUCGGAACUAUGACGACAUUCUGGAGACUGGGAAAACUCCGAAGCACUGUCUGUACUACAAUAGUAAGAGGACAACAGAAAUUGUAACUUCCGUGCUGUACGUGGAAGCGAAGCCGACUGUAGUUACUCUGGACUACCUGCUCGACAUGUCUGACGAAAAAGAGAAGAAUGUGCAAAACGGAGUAACUCCUGAUGACACAAUUGCUAGGUUCCGUCUCUCGUACUACCCGCACAGAUUGGAGGUAUUUAAGAGGAUGCUGCAGGAUAUCUUUGGAACGAAGUCUGAACACACACUAUAUGGUGACUUUAAACAGCUUCACGAGAUUGACAACCCUGCAUUUUAUAUUCACGUCAUACAGAAAGCCUUCAUCUGAGCUACUAACUGUGUUAUUAUAUUAUGUGAUACUUUGUAAAUGACUACAAAUGAGUGGUACUGUGAAAUUAAAACAAAAA